GUGCCUUGCAGCAUUGCGUUGCAGAAGUAGUGCGUUCUGUGUGGAUUUAUCGAACGUAUGCAUCAAAUUGUAUGCACAGAAGGCUUGACCGAAAUGGUAGUAGAAUAUGAAUGUUUAACUUUUAUUGGACACAUCCAGAUGAUGCUGCGUAGGAUUUUGCACAAUGACACUGUCGAUGUUAUCGAGGCGUUCGCAGCUUAGCUUCCGAGUGAAGGGUUAACAAAUUAAGAUGGCUGCCCCCUUGGAGUUGUACUGCUGGAAAGGCGAUUGGGGUUUACCCUCAGUUGAUACAGACUGUCUAACCGUUUUGGCCUAUGCCAAGUUUGCUGGUGCUCCACUCAAAGUCCACAAGAUCACCAACCCCUGGAGAAGCCCCACAGGUACCUUGCCGGCACUGAAGACCACGGAGGAAAGUACUCGUAGUCUUUCCAAACCCAGUAAUAUCAUCAUUCACCUUAGAAAACAGAAAUACAACGCUGACUAUGACCUCUCAGCCAAGGAAGGGGCGGACACUCUGGCCUUUGUGUCACUACUGGAGGAGAAACUGCUGCCCGCAUUGAUCUACACACAGUGGGUGGACUCAAAAAACUAUGUGGACGUGACGCGGCGCUGGUACGCCGAGAACAUCCCCUUCCCACUCAACUUCCUGCUGCCCAACCGCAUUCACAACCAGCAACUGGAAAGGCUGAGGCUGGUGAGGGGAGACCCCACACUGGAGCCUGGGGAGCAGCUGGAGAAGGAGCUCUACCAGGAUGCGCUAGAGUGCAUGACCCUGCUCUCUCAACGGCUGGGCUCACACAAGUUCUUCUUCGGGGAUUCCCCAUCCUCUUUGGAUGCCUAUGUGUUUGGUCACCUAGCCCCCCUGCUGAAGGUGAAGCUGCCCAAUGGGAAACUCCAGCAACACCUCAACUCCCUAGACAACCUGCGGCACUACUGCACCAACAUCCUCAUCCUCUAUUUCCCCUCAGAGGGCGGAGAGCCACCCAUUCACAAGGUGUCAGUCCAUUCGGACAGUAGUGACUUUGACAGCGAGCCCCAUAAACGACGCAAGCAAAUCCUGUCGGUCCUGUUCGCCAUGGGCUCGAUGCUGGGCUACGCCAUUUUGAUGGGGAUUGUCAGCAUCCAGCACGUCCGACCGCAGGCAGCGCUAGUGGGACCCCGCCACAUCGAAGAAGGAGGCGAGGAAGAGGAAGAGGAAUGAGCAGUACUGUCUCGGUGUAGGACCAGGUAGAAGGAGGUGUUGUGAGGGGAAAAUGGACGUUCUCUGACUUAUUCUGUGCAUAUUGACGGAGAAUAGAUGGACAGGAAUUACGUUCCUCAAACAUCUCAAUCUCCCACAAUGCACGAUAAUCCUCUGUCAGUUCAGACCACUUCUAGGCAUCCACAAACAUGCCUAGUUAUGCAGUCUCUGUUUUUGGUGCUUGUUUUUUGUUUUCUCGACAUCCCAGGAAGGCAUACCUUUUCUUGUCUCAGAAUCUUCAAGAACGCUUUAAUUUAAUUCAAGAAUGGUAUGCCUUUUAUUUUUUCAGGUUUCUUUCUUUCAGGUAGAGGUUGAGGGUUGAGCCACUUUCUGAAAUGUUUUGUCAGGUUUCACUUAUACAAACAGAAUUUUGACUUGAUUUCAGGUCAUUAAAAGUGAAAUGCUGAACCAUC